CUGAUCCCGGUACCUGAGCGCCCAGAGACGCUCGGGGUCAAACUCYGGGUCAGCUCCUCCUCCCGUGGGGCGGGAGACACCCCGAAUCCCUUCCUCUGAGCGAAUUUCCACUCCUGACCAAAUUCCUGUGACCUCCAGGUCUUUCAGGUAAACGAUAUUCCCUUCCCGUUCUUCCYCCUGCUGCCUGGAUUAGACCCUUUCUGUAGGAGGUGAGAGCUCUGGCGGUUCCCCGGAGCGGCGCAGGAUGGAUCCCGUGGUUCUCAGCUACAUGGACAGCCUGCUGAGGCAGUCGGACGUGGCCCUGCUGGAGCCCCCGAACUGGCUCAACGACCACAUCAUCGGCUUCGCCUUCGAGUACUUCGCCAACCAGCAGUUCCAGGAGUUUGGCCACUGCGUUUGUUUCAUCAGCCCCGAGGUGGCUCAGUUCAUCAAGUGUGCCCUUAAUCAGGAAGAAAUAGCCAUAUUCCUCCAGCCACUGGACCUUCUUGGCAAGGAGCUGGUGUUCCUGCCUAUCAACGACAACUCCAGCCAGGCGGCUGGGGGCACCCACUGGAGCUUGCUGGUUUAUUUCAGGGACAAGAAGUGCUUUGCCCAUUACGAUUCCCACAGUAAAUGCAACUCUGUCCACGCCAAGCAAGUGGCGGGAAAGCUGGAGGCYUUUCUGGGAAAAAGAGGGAGCAAAGCCACCUUUGUGGAGGAGAAGGCGCCGGCGCAGCAGAACAGCUACGACUGUGGGAUGUAUGUGAUCUGCAACGCUGAGGCUCUGUGCCACGGGUACUUCCAGGGGCGGACAGAGCCUCUGCUGCAGCUCCUYACCCCUGCCUACAUUACGCAGAAGAGAUCAGAGUGGAAAGCUCUCAUCACAAAACUGGCACARAAGUGAUGGGGAUGUGCCUCCAGCCCCCAAAAAACUGCCUUCCUGGUCCACGAGGCAGCACCCCCAGUGCCUGAGGGAGAUGCCCAUGCGCAGGAUUGUCCCAAAGAAAAAGAAUGUAACCCCUCUAGCAUGGCUACACCCCCCCAAACACCCCACCCCGUCCAGGAAAAGCCUUAUUCUCCUCUGGAAAUCACCGUCCUUUCAACUUGUAAUGACAAAAGUCACUUUGCUUUCAAAAAAACCCUCUCCAUAGUAAAUUUCUACAGUCAUGGCUGUGGCAAAACAGGUUGCUAAAAAGACAUCUCCACCUGUGCCCAGCAGGCAUCACACCCUCAUUAAGUGGCUUUAGUUGGCUCCAGGCACUGUCCUUCCAAACCAGGUUUAGCAAAUGCCCUUUAAACCCAAGCCCCCAAGUGCUUUAUCAUGGACAGCUCCCAUUUGUGCCUCCUGCUAACAGUGUUGGAGCAGUCUAGGAUUUAGCAGCCAGGAUUUUGUACUCCUGAAAACCUUACAUUGAGAUGACACUGCAAAAAGGUGAGACUCCAAAGGAAAUGCUACAAUUAAUUUAAGAACAGGGCAAAAACAAAUUCAGUUUUCAUCAGCCAGGUGCUCCUAGGCCAUACAGUGAUGGGUUUUUUUGGUCCCCCGUCCCUACUUGUUCUUAUUGUAAAUKAAAACCUGACUCUGAACUGCUGGAAGAUUAACAGGAAGCUGAGAAAGCCAAUCCUAGGAAAGGAAACUUAAUUGAGAUGAAAAGCRACACUCACUCUUUGAAGUUUGGGGUUUUUCAUUAGGAUUUUAGGACGUCUCUGUGCAGGGAGGGUUCGUCAGUGCUCCCCAACCCUCGUUAACGUUGCUGCACACGGCGGUCGCUGCUCUAACACAAAACCAGUUCUGUUACUUGAGAGAAAAAAAAAACACACCAGGGAGAACAAAAGGACAGAGUUUGAGGUAUAAAAGCCAAAGAUAACUGCGGGCUCCUUGAAGUCCUUAAUGCACUUCUAACUGAAAGAYUUCCCCUCCUGUGCUGGAUGAUGGCUGGGAUCCCAGAGCAGAUCUUCUCCUUCAAGACAGGCUUAGCAGUGCAGAAAAUAAAAAUUAAACUGAGAUGUCGUUGCAGGAUAAGGAAUAAUCUCUCACCUGGUGAGAAGCAAAGAGCAGGUUGCUCAGGUGGCAGAGCAACCACACCCCGACCUGAUCAGGGAAAUCCGGGUUAAAUACAGCCCUUGGAAGAGGGGGAAGGAUUGUUUUUAACCUGGAGCUCUUCAGCACCGGUGUUUGCAGCAGCACAGCACCGAGGGGAUGGAGGGCUUCAACUUCCCUUGUUCCAGAUAGAAGGCAAGAAACCAGACUGCCCCAAACACCCCCAUGGCAUCUCGGGGGCCUGACAAGGGUUGGGGUCGUUCCCCCACCUCCCUAACACUGCCUGGGCAGGAGAGCAGCCUCCAGCACCAGCCCUUCCUGGAAAACCCGCUCGGCUGGAGCCAGAACGGGAUGGAGCUGCUCGCCCAAGGGGAUGCACUUUGGACUCUGAGGGGCUUUGCCAGAGCAAUGUCACUGCCACUCCCAAAUCCUGAAUAAAUCUCAGACCAAAUCCUGCAUUUGCCA